CGCGUUUUCUGAAGGAAGAAUGUAAGACAAUCUGUUCAAAAAGCGUACAUUAAUUACUUUCUUUAUUGAACCCUUAGUGUUAUUUAAUAUUUUCAGUUUUUAAAAGAAAUAUUUCAUUAACUGGCUUUAGUGAAGCUUUGCAGUAAUGGAUAACUUUUCUUCGAAAAAGCCAAAAACUGAAGGUAAAUAUUAUAUAAUCCUGUUUAUUAUGACUUUUUAAUUUUAUAUGCACUCUUUGUAAAGUAGCAGUGUAUUGAAAUGGAAAUGUAUAAGAAUAUAUGCAAUAUUAUGUAUACGGCUUCUAAAAAUAAAUUUGUUAUUAUUUAUAAAUUGCUUAAAUGUCAAAAUGAAAUAAUUUGACAGUUGACAUUACAAUGAAUUUUAAUUUUGAGGUUAAAUAUCUGUUUGUGUCUCAUUCCAUGUGGUUGGCUGUAUUUUUAAAACUAAUUCAAAUUCAAUAAUAUAAAAAUGAUUCGAAGGCAGGCCCGUUUAAGAAGGGAAUAUUUGUAUAGAAAAACUAUUGAAGAUAAGCAAAAAUCAAUUCAGGAUAAAAAAGACCGAAUAAAAAAGAGCCUUGAUCAACACACCACCAUUCAUGGGGAUCUACAAAAGAAAGCACUUCAUUAUGCCAAGAAAAUAGAAUGGGAAGAUUCAGGACCACAAGCUGCAACACUCCUUGGGGGUGAAAGUGGUGGUGCUGUAGCCAAUUCACAGGAUGAUGAAUAUAGAUAUGCAGGUGUAGAAGAUCCAAAAAUUGUAAUUACCACUUCAAGAGAUCCCAGUUCAAGAUUGAAAAUGUUUGCAAAAGAACUUAGGUUAAUAUUUCCUAAUGCUCAAAGAAUGAAUCGUGGUAAUUAUGAAAUGAAACAAUUAAUUCAGGCAUGUAGAGCUAAUGAUGUUACAGACUUUAUUGUAGUUCAUGAACAUAGGGGUGUACCUGAUAGUCUAGUUAUUUGUCAUUUACCUUAUGGCCCCACAGCAUAUUUUAAUAUGUCAGAUGUAGUAAUGAGGCAUGAUAUACCUGAUCUUGGAACUGUAUCUGAGCAGUAUCCACAUCUGAUAUUUCAUAACUUCAAAACAACAUUAGCAGAACGAACAGGAAAUAUUUUGAAAUAUUUAUUCCCAGUGCCAAAGGAGGAUUCUAAAAGAGUUAUAACUUUUGCUAAUCAUGAUGAUUAUAUCAGUUUUAGACAUCACACUUACAAAACUGUGGACAGACAGCUGGAACUAAGUGAAAUAGGACCUCGAUUCCAAUUAAGGCUGUAUGAGAUUAAGUUAGGAACAUUGGAUACUAUUGACUCUGCAGAUACCGAAUGGGCACUAAGGCCCUAUAUGAAUACUACAGUUAAAAGGCGUUUCUUUAGUGAUGAAGAUGAUCUAGAAGUAACAGGAAUAUCAAGAAGUGGAAGAGUCAGGAAAAAAUCUUCAAAAUUAAUGGACUUCGAAUCGCCAGAUGAAAUAGAAAGAAAUUUUAACAAAAAGUCACCAGUUACACAUAGAAAACAGGAAAAUUUUGAAGGUGUACCUAAGAAACAAAAAUAUGAUGAGAUGUACCAGAAAGAUGAUAAUUACGAUAUGGAUGAUAGUCGCUCUGAUACAAGUGAGUACGAGCCGAAUGCAAAUGCUACUGAAUCCAGCAUCGACGAAUCGGUGGAAUCUGAUAGUGAUUACGAAGAUAAUGAAGGUUUCAGAAGAUUAGAUGCGAAUUCCUCAAAAAAGAAGCUCGUCAUCAAAGAUGGUAAAAUAAUCAAACCAGACAAACUAAAAGGAAAGGACAAAGAUACAUUUUCAAAUUUCACUAAGUCACUAGCAUCGUCGAAAACCCCCAUGAAAACUUUCAGUAAGAAGACAGUGCCGAACAAAACUCCUCCUGGUCCUCUACAACCUUUUCAGCUUGGAUUACCGAACUACGAAAAUAUCAACGUUUCACCACCUAGUCCUCGAGGAAAGGACUCACCAUUUAAAGUAAACGGUAUUAAGCCAAUAGACGUUGCUGCCCAUUUGAAACUUCUAGGCGAAAGUUUGACUAUUAUAGGAGAGCGUCUCAAAGAGCAUGAGGGACAAAUUGCUGUAUCAGGAAGUUUAUCAGUUCUCCUGGAUUCCCUUUUGUGCGCAUUGGGACCUCUACUUUGUCUCACACAACAGAUCCCCGAGCUGCAGGAAAAUUGUUGUACUCCAGAAGAGUUAAUGAGCACUCUCGAUAAUGUUGCGUUUAUCAUGCCGGGACUUUAGUGGGACGUUGAAUAGUUUUGAUACACAAAAUUGUACAGUUUAUUGGUAAUAUUAGAAAUAUAUGUUUAUAUACCUUCUCUUUCUUUUGGAAAAAUUUAACAAAACUGGAUAUCUUCUUGUCGCUGAUGCUAAAUCCAUUCUUUUGUCACACUCUGUUUCAUGUUUUGGAUAUAAUUGACUGUAAUAAUUUAUGUUAACUCUUGGUACAUUGUGUAUCAUCCACAAAACGCAUUAUACAAGUAUUGCAUUAUGUAGCCACCGUUACCAAGACGC